ACGCACGAAGAUCACACAUUGGGCAAAGACUGACUCACCUCUAUCAAGAUAUAUUCCCUCAGCUCUCCCCGUAGUUGGCAGCUCGUCGCGCGAAUACCACGGCAGUCGGUAGAGGAGCCCAACAGACGGACGCACACCAAAAUGUCACAAUUGCCCGUAAAGAAUUGCGGUGUUCUGGGCUGCACCGGCUCGGUAGGGCAGCGCUUCAUCCUGCUGCUCCAGCAGCACCCGUCCCUGCGCCUCGUGGCCGUCGGCGCGUCGUCCCGGUCGGCGGGCAAGAAGUACCGCGAUGCCGUGCGGUGGAAGCAGGCGAGCCCCAUCUCACCCGAAGUCGGCGACCUGGUGGUGCGCGAAUGCAAGGCGAGCGAGUUCGCCGACUGCGACAUCGUCUUCAGCGGCCUCGACAGCGACGUCGCCGGCGAGAUCGAGAAGGAGUUCCGGCAGGCGAACCUGGCCGUCUUUUCCAAUGCCAAAAACUACCGCCGCGACCCGCUCGUGCCCCUCGUGGUGCCCACCGUCAACCUCGAUCACCUCGCCCUGAUCCCGCACCAGCAGAAGACGCUCGGUCUGAGAAAGGGCUUCCUCGUGUGCAACAGCAACUGCGCCGUUAUCGGCCUCGUCAUCCCCUUCGCCGCGCUGCAGGCCAGGUUCGGCAAGAUCGAUACCGUCUCGGUCGUCACCAUGCAGUCCGUCUCGGGCGCCGGCUAUCCCGGGGUGAGCAGCAUGGACAUCAUUGACAACGUGGUGCCCUUCAUCCCGGGCGAGGAGGACAAGCUCGAGGCGGAGGCGCGCAAGAUCCUGGGCAGCAUCAACGCCGACGCCACCGCCUUCGAGGCGCAGGAGACGCUCCGCGUCUCGGCCGCGUGCAACCGCGUGCCCGUGAUGGACGGUCACACGGUGUGCGUGUCACUGCGCUUCGCCCAGCGGCCGCCGCCGACGGCCGAGCAGGUCAAGGAGGCCAUGCGCAGCUACGUGUCCGAGGCCCAGCGGCUGGGCUGCCCCUCGGCGCCCAACCCGCCCAUCAAGGUGUUUGACGAGCCCGACAGGCCGCAGCCCCGGCUGGACCGCGACUUGUCAAACGGCUACACCGUCAGUGUCGGCCGCGUCCGCGAGGACGAGAGCGGCAUCUUUGAUAUCAAGUUUGUUGCCUUGAGCCAUAACACCGCCAUUCUCAAGGGUUUUGUUUAGGGGCCGAGCGUAGGCUCAUU